AUGGAGAAAGCAUUGGUGAAAGUCGGAAGCAUCAAAGCUAAAGCAGGAAGCUAUUGGAUUUCAAAAAAAGCUAAACAGGAGUUGUCCAACAUCUCCGAUGACCUAACUACUUUAUCAAGUACUGUUGAAGAGAAGGCAAAAUGGAUUUUUAACAAGCUCAAAGGAAAACCGGAGAAGUCCUUGCCGGAGCUCCUCCGUGAGUUCAACUUACCACCGGGUCUUUUCCCUGACAACAUAGUAUCUUAUGAAUUUGAUGAAUCAAAGGGAAAACUAGUGGUGCAUUUGCCCUCAGCUUGUGAGGUAAGCUUCAAGGACUCAUCUGUCAUAAGGUACGCCACUCGAGUGAAAGCCAUUUUGUUGAGGGGAAAGUUGAGUAACAUUGAAGGAAUGAAAACGAAGGUGUUGGUAUGGGUCAAAAUCACAAAUAUUGCAGUUGAAGGUUAUCGAUCAGAUAAGGUCUGGUUUACUGCAGGAGUUAAAAGAUCUAAGCCUAAAGAUGCUUAUGAAAUUCCUAGCGUUGCCAUUCGAUGUCAAGAAUUUUGAAAACUGGAUCAAUUUGACCUUAAAUUUUCUACUUUCUGUUUGGAUUUGUGUUGCUUCUUACAAGUUUCAUUUUAUACAUAUUGAUAUUAUUAUUAGUAAAGAAAUAUAAAU